AUGGGAUGGGACGGGACCGGGAGAGGGAACCGGGGACGGGAUGGGAUAGGAACGGGAACAGGAACAGGGAACCGGGAACGGGAUGGGAUGGGAACGGGAACCAGGAUAGGGAGCAGGAACCGGGAACGAGACUGGGACCGGGAUCGGGAUCGGACGGGAACGGGCUGGGGAGUGGGAACUAGGAACCGGGAAUGGGAUGGGGAGGGGAACGGGAUGGGAAACAGAGACCGGGACGGGGACCCGGCUCGGGGUCCCCUCACGGAUCGGAUCCGGGGGCACCGCCCGCGCUGGCAACCGGCAACCUCCUUGUUUUCUUCAUUUUUAAUUUUUCCCCUUUUUUUUCGCCCCAUCCCCUUUCCUGGGGCUCGGGGGCGCAGCUGCGGAGCCCGAGAGGCGCUGGCGGGCAGGACAGGGAUCCCACCCCUGAAAAAAAAGCAUGGAAAUGGCUUUUUCUCAUGUUCCAGGUUGAAAGUACCAAGUGGCAAAGGCUGCUGUAAAAAGGUGGCAACUCUGCCCUGUAGGAACAGCUCAGAAGGGAGCUGGGAAAGACUCUGGGAGCAGGGAAUCCCCACCUCAGGAAAAGUGCAUAACGUGGAGCCUCUGCCCUUGCACCCACUGCUUUUCAUGAUCUUGGUACUUAAAUUAACCCUCUCAGCCCCCAGAUGAAGGAGGUUUUACCCUAUUUUGUGGACUGGUUAAUGGUAUUGAAUAAACUCUCAGUGGACAUGCCAGAGGCUGGACAGGGAGCCAGCAGUUCUUAGAGAGUGGCUGCCAAGCACUGCCCUGUCCAAGCACUGCAAGAUUGGAAUAACUCUCCUGUUUCCAUGUGGUGCCCCCUCCAAACUCUUUCAAAGUCUUUGUUACCAGAUAGAAAGAUGAGGACUGUUAGUCCAAAACAAAUUAGGGCUCCAAGUGCUCGUUAACCUUGGAAAUGCUGCUCAAAGUGAGAAUCCUAUAGCAACUGGCUUGAGCGAUGAGAUCCCAAAUCCAAAAGGCCUUAAUAAACUAAAUUUGGUU